AUGUCAGUAGCUCAGCAAUCAGGCUUAUCGCCUGAACAGAUUCAGAAAUUCGCCAGUGAUGGCUACUUGAUCAUCCCACAGGCCCUGUGCCCCGAGACAGUGUCUUCUCUCCUUGCAGAAACUCAUCGCAUGCUCGCGGACUUCUCUAUUGAAGAACACCCCCUCACUCGAUUUUCGACCGGAGAGAAGGCAGACCACGUUGGUGAUGACUACUUCCUCAGCUCUGGCGAUAAGAUCCGCUUCUUCUUCGAAGAAGAUGCCUUUGACGCAGAGGGCAAGCUGACCAAGCCCAAGGAGAAGGCGAUUAACAAAAUCGGGCACUAUCUACAUGCUCUCUCACCACCAUUCGCACGCAUUCUCGCAGCCGAUAGCCCCGACAAAGUGGCUAGUCCUGCAUCUGUAGCGCGCAGCCUUGGUUUCCAGGACCCGCGAUGUCUACAAAGCAUGGUCAUUUGCAAGCAGCCCGAGAUUGGCGGUGCUGUCCCGCCACACCAAGACUCAACCUUCCUGUACACCGAUCCCCCCUCUGCUGUAGGCUUUUGGUAUGCUCUUGAGGAUGCUACUCUUGAGAACGGCUGCCUUAGCUUCUUACCUGGUUCGCAUCGUUGGGCACCAGUCUCCAAACGCCUCGUGCGCAAAUCCGAAGGCACUGGCACGGAGAUGGUCGACAAUGAUGGACCAGUGUUCCCACCUGGCGAUGAGUACGGAUCCAAGGCAGGCGAUAGUGAAGAGUACGUUCCUGGAGAGGUCAAGGCCGGAGAUUUGGUGCUUAUUCACGGCAACUUGCUUCACAAGAGCGAACGCAACACCAGCACGAAGGGCCGCAUCAUUUACACAUUUCACAUUAUUGAAGGCGAGGCAAGGGAAUAUGAUUCAAGAAACUGGCUUCAGCCUCCCGCAGAGGGAUUUACAAAGUUAUAUAACUAG